CCCAAUAUAUUGGACAACAAGGGAGGGAUAUAACGUCACACACUGUGUAUCUUUCUGUCUGGAACAGUUUAGUACAGUGGUUUGUGGCAAUAGUUUUUUGUUUUUAAUUGACGUAGGGACUGUAGGAAAGGUGUGACACCAACCGGCGAACUGAAAUACUCGCUGAAGCGCAACGUCGCCGGGGUUUCCUGUACGUACGGAACAGGCGGGCUGUCCGUCCCGUCCGGUGUUGCCGACCGAAGCGAAGGAUCUCGUCUCGUGCCGGAAGGGGCCGCGCGUGCUCCGGAGCCGCCCGUCUGCAAUGAGUCACUUGGAAGCUGUGGAUCGAGUCGAGCUCUGCGAAAGCCUAUUGACAUGGAUACAGACCUUUGGAGUGGAAGCACCAUGUAAAACAGUAGAAGACCUUACAAGUGGUGUUGCAAUGGCUCAAGUUCUUCAAAAAAUAGACAUUUCGUAUUUUAAUGAAAGCUGGAUAAGUCGGAUAAAAACAGAUGUUGGGGAUAACUGGAGAUUAAAGAUCAGCAAUUUAAAGAAAAUUUUAAAAGGUAUUUUGGAUUAUAACCAUGAGGUUCUAGGCCAGCAGAUCAAUGACUUCACCCUUCCAGAUGUUAACUUAGUUGGAGAACAUUCAGAUGCUGCUGAGCUGGGCAGAAUGCUGCAACUUAUUCUUGGGUGUGCAGUUAACUGUGAGCAGAAACAAGAACACAUUCAGACUAUAAUGAUGAUGGAAGAGUCUGUGCAGCAUGUUGUCAUGACAGCUAUUCAAGAGCUCAUGAGCAAAGAAACCCCUGUCACAACAGGAAAUGACUCGUAUGUGGACCUUGAUCGACAGCUGAAGAAAACAGUUGAAGAGCUGAAUGAUGCCUUGGCUGCUAAAGAAGAAAUUGCCCAAAGAUGUCAUGAGUUGGACAUGCAGGUGGCCGCACUGCAAGAGGAAAAAAGCAGCCUGCUGGCAGAGAAUCAUGUACUCAUGGAGCGGCUGAACCAGUCUGAUUCCAUUGAGGACCUCAAUAGCCCUGCGGGAAGGAGGCAUCUUCAGCUCCAGACACAGCUAGACCAGCUCCAGGAGGAGACAUUCAGGUUGGAGGCAGCAAAGGAUGACUACAGGAUACGCUGUGAAGAAUUGGAAAAAGAGAUCCUUGAGCUCCGAGGACAGAAUGAAGAGCUUACAUCUCUAGCAGAUGAGGCACAGUCACUAAAGGAUGAAAUUGAUAUCCUCCGACACUCCUCUGAUAAAGUGUCUAGACUUGAGGGUAUGGUUGACUCCUACAAGAAGAAGCUGGAAGACUUAGGAGAUUUGAGGAGACAAGUGAAGCUUUUGGAGGAGAAGAACACUAUUUACAUGAAAAACACAGUCGGCUUGGAAGAAGAGCUCAAGAAGGCCAAUGCGGUGCGUGGACAGCUGGAGACCUACAAGAGACAGGUGGUGGAACUUCAGAAUAGAUUGUCCGAGGAGUCGAAAAAGGCCGAUAAAAUGGAGUUUGAGUACAAGCGCCUCAAAGAAAAAGUGGAUUCGCUCCAAAAAGAAAAAGAUCGCUUGCGGACAGAGCGAGACUCCCUGAAGGAGACCAUUGAAGAGCUGCAUUGUAUUCAGGCACAGGAGGGACAGCUCACUGCAGGCCUGGUCCCAUUAGUCUGCAACGAGACGCCUGACUCUCUGGCAGCAGAAAUUGUCACUCCUGAAAUUCGUGAGAGACUAAUCAGGCUACAGCAUGAGAAUAAGAUGCUGAAGCUGAACCAGGAAGGCUCAGACAAUGAGAAAAUAGCCCUUCUGCAGAGUCUGCUUGAGGAUGCCAACAGCAGAAAGAAUGAGCUGGAGACAGAGAACAGACUUGUCAACCAGAGGCUAAUUGAGGGGCAGUCUCAGGUAGAAGAGCUGCAGAAGACACUACAGGAACAAGGAUCAAGGGCAGAUGAUUUUAUAAUCCUGAAGAAAAAAUGUGACGAACAUCUAGAGAAGAUACAUGACGUAAGCAGUGAGCUUCAGAAAAAAAAUGCUCAGAUGGAAGAUUUGGAACAAAAGUAUAACACAGCUUCGCUUAAAGUUGAAGAAUUGGAGGAAGCCUUAAGAAAGAAAGAUGAAGAUAUGAAACUAAUGGAAGAACGAUAUAAAAAGUACCUGGAGAAGGCCAAAAGUGUCAUCCGAACUCUUGAUCCUAAACAGAAUCAGGGUUCUGCACCAGAGGUGCAGGCUUUGAAGAAUCAAUUACAAGAGAGAGAACGAAUGCUGCAUUCUUUGGAGAAAGAAUAUGACAAGACGAAAACCCAGCGAGAUCAAGAAGAGAGGCUCAUUGUUUCUGCAUGGUACAACAUGGGGAUGGCACUGCAGAAGAAGGCGGCAGAAGACAGGCUCGCCAGCACUGGCUCCGGUCAGUCGUUUCUGGCGAGGCAACGACAAGCCACAAGCACACGGCGCUCGUACCCAGGACACGUGCAGCCCGCUACAGCAAGGUAGAGACAUGGAAGCCUCCAGAGCAUUUGAAAAGUGUUAUCCCAGCAAUUCAGAGCUUGCAUGGUAGUAUUUUAGAACAACAAACCUUGUCUUAUUUCAGAGUUCUCGUAAUUUUACUAACACUAAAUAUUGUACUUCUCACUUAUUUUAUGGGAUUUUUUGUUUGUGCUUUAUUUACUUACCAAAGGGGAUUUAAGUAGAGAUGUCACACAUUAAUUAUUAUAUUUUGAAUAUGUUUAAGGAUGAAUUGCGGUGAGAAAUUACCAUUUGGACAUACGUCACUUUUCCUUUCUGAAACUCUUCUUUGGUUAUACGAGGGAGUUUUGCGGUGCAUACAGGCUGCAUGUUUUAGAACUAGUACAACCAUUUCUGUGGCUCCUUAAAGUACAGAGCAGAGACAUUAUAGAUUACUUGUGGUAUAUAUAUAUAUAUAUAUAUAUAUAUAUAUAUAUAAAGAUUUAAAGUGUUUUUAAUUGGUAUUUAUCGGCUGCUCUCUAAAUACACAUUGUGCAGUUCUUUCCGUUUAUUUAAUAGAAGGCAUUAUUUUAGAAAGUGAUGUUCUUCUGUGCCUUUUUAGUUCAUAGACCGAAAUAAUUUCUCCAUUUAAAUCCCAAUGGCAGAUUUAUUUUGUACAUCUUCUGUAAAGUUUUCCAGUGCUUCCAUUAAGUAAGAUUAUUUAUUAUGUUGGAUCUCUUUGCUUAAAAUCCCAAGGUCAGAUUUAAAAUAACUUGUAACCUAUUGUAGAAGUAUAGUGUUAUAUUUUACUUUAAAAUGUCUUUAGUAACAUCCUUAUCUCUUUUAAUCCUGCUGCUGUAAUUACCAGAGAGUGAUUCUGAGAUUCCGAAUUUGUCUUAGAAACAGUGUUGGCACAACAGCAUAAGAUGGAGAUUUCUUAACUCGGUCAUUAAAUGUUUAUUCGACAUUUGUAUCUUGAAACAAUUUCUGCCGUCUAUGGUGUGGAAUCCCAAUGUCUCAUUAUAGUAUAAAUGUUGUCAUUGUGCUUUUCAGAAACAUUCCUCCCAGUGAAAUUUGUGUGUAUUCAAGUGUGUGCCUAACACUGCUCACACUGAUGAUGAGGUGUGUGUAGAAAGCUAAAACUUAAAGUGGCUUCACUUCCAUUUGGACACUUUGAAGAAUUUCUGUUGUAACUGGCCUCAGCUCUGCAUUGCCCCCCAAAAGCUCCCACGCCUCCCACACCUCUGGGCUAUCGAAGCGUCCCAUUAGAACGCCCAUGAGAGCUGAGCACCUCAGACUUUUUGUGUUGUUUUCUUCCCCUUUCCCCCACUUCCUUGGUCUCCCAGUUAUGUUGUUCUUUUCUCACCUGCGAGAUGGAUCAUUUCAGAUCAGUACUCUAGCAAACUUCUUUCUCUGUUGGUGUCUCGUCAGCUAUACUUCUUUAUUUUUACAUAGCGCUCGUCUCAACAAAUUGACCGAGAGCGCUAAAGAGUAAAGUGUUUAUUUUUGCUCUUUAUCCAGCUAACUGCAUGCAGUUUUGUUCAGUUUUUGUCAGAUUUAUUUCCAUAAUGAGAUGGCACUUUUUUUUUUUUUUUUUAAUGAACACCUUUUGGUUCUGUUCAACUUACCUACCAUCUGCUAACAUUAACUCGGAUCUCCUCUGUUCUGCCUUUGUGCCACAAAGGUUAAUUGCGUCAUGAAUGUCUUAUAUGGGCUGCAUUUGUUUUAAAACACAUAAAUACGUUUUCAGCUGUGCUUUACAAUUAAAACUACAGUUUGCUGCUGAACUAACAAGCCGUUUUAGCCAUGUGAUACUUUAUUUAAUGGUAUCUCUGUCUUUUCUCCUCUCCUCUGCAGCGAUGUGAUUGCAUGACACCUGGCAGGGUUGGUGGUAGCAUGACAUGCCACUUGCAUGACUUUUUGCAUUGAAACAGAAUAAAAUCGAAAUGACACACUAAAAUCGGUCUCAGAGAGAGGAGAUCAUACCUGUACCAAGGCAACGCCCUUCACGGAUGUGCAGGCAUACUUGUCGAAACGUAUGCAUUGUUUUUGGGCAACAGCCGACGGUUAACACUUGGGUAUUGCUGUGAUCGGGGUCAUCUUUUAUUUUACUGUGUUGUUUUCUUUUUACAAGGGUUUGCUUCAAUUUUGACUGCUUGUGUUCUUUGUUGACAUAAAAUUAUUACAAAUUCAAAAGCAUUUGGCUUAUGAGUGGUAGAAAUUGCAGUCAAAAUGUUCAGUGUUAUUCUUUGGGACUCUCACUGUUUUAAGACAGUGACCAUUUGUAGCUUUGCUAUCCUUGCUUGCAUGUGACUGUAUUCUAAUUUGUUUUGUUUAUUACUUAACAUUUUGCUGCUUGGUUUUGCCAGAAAGGUCAAAGGAGGACAGUAAAAUUUGGAUUUUUAUGCUUGCUGUUGCUGCCUACCAGAAUACAUUUAUCUUGUUACAUUUUUUUCCUCUUAAUUUCCCACUAAUGUUUUGCAUUUGAAAUAUCAGUUGAGGCAUUCUGUCUACUAUAUUUACAUAUUUUCUCCUUGUUAAACUUUACAGCAAUAUCUUUUUUGAAAUUCAGUCAGUUUGACUUUUGUAAAGGCAUGCCUUGACAUACUUUUUUAAUUUAAUCAUGCAGUAUUGAAAUUCCACAUACUGUCUAUUGUUUUUUUGUAAAGCAUUAUUUACUAACUUCACCAGCUGUCUCAUAAAGACAGGAAACUAUUAUAAAGUCAUGUUCUGUUCUGUGUUCUGUCAGUCAGGGAUCACCUUGAGUUUCCUUGUUUAUACAAGGUUUAUUAUAGGUGUAUCCUGACAAUUAUCAGCAAAAGAAAAAGUUAAGUGUGAUUUUAGGAUACCCUGUGUCUUCAUUACUGUAAAGGGCUUAAACUCAGAUGUGCUGAAACAGGAUUCUGCUUUAGGGAUUUUUUUCCAAGCAGCAAAACGAAUUUUCAAAUUCUAGGAGAGCAUUCUGCAGUUCUGCUGUCUACUCCAUUUCAGUGCAUUUGUUCUCAUGUUAUACAGUACAUUUGGUAAACAACUGGCAUAUAUUGCAUACAGAUAGAGGGGAAAAAGGUUAAAUUAGAAGAAAAUUGAUAGAUUGUUGCUUUCACUUAGGUCAGUUAGCUUGGUGGCAUCAUAUGAUGAGCCACAAAGGUCAGAUGAUGCUUUUCAGCCGUCCAUUCUGAAGUACCUCUUCACAGCAUUAGUCAAAUGACCAGAGUAUGAAAAGGCACACCAUUUACACUUUGUGAAGUGGUAGAAGGGUUUCUCGGAGUAGGAAGGUGUACUGUCAUUUGCCAAGUUUUAUAUUGCUUGCAUACAUUAUGUACAUACUGUAUGUGUGAGCAAGAAGUUUCAUAAAAAGAGUAGGAGGUCUGUUUUUAACUUCAAAAUUUGAUACAAUGUGCUUCCUGUGCUGCAAAAAUGUACAAUAAUCAAGUUGUAAAUAAAGCUUGUACAAAACUCCUGUUGUCUUAGCCAUUGAUAUCAAACAAUGGAGCAACCUACAGUUGAUACUGGAGCACAAUGCGGCAAAGAAGAACACAUGGACAUCGUUCAUUACGGACAUUUAUCGGAACACUGGCACACAGCGAGAGGUAUCACCGCAAACACAAGGAAAUGAUGCUCUCAGUCCAAGGACCUGCACCUCAAGCCAGCCUUCCCAACCUCCUCAGUGCCCCUCAGGCUUUCCUUUAACCUUCUCACACUAUUCAACAGGUACUUACCCCCUUCCAAUCCCUUUCAGCCCCCAUAGCAGUUGGACAACAUUUUUCCUACCAUUCUCAACUAUUCCCACUAUUUACAAUGAACAAUAUUUCAUGCUCGAAUUGGACACUCCACAAAAACGUGGGUCAUUACAAUACUAAUACUUUCUCCUGUAACAUAACGAAAAGAAGCAUGGUGCCUUCUUACAAGUUAGUGUGUUCCUUUUAUAGUCCUCAAAAUUUCAUAAUGUCGAUUUACAGCCAGCCUUAUCAAGCACACACACACACACACACACACACACAUUUUCAGAAGCAAAUUUACCUAAAUGAAGUUUUUGUAUUUCAUUGAGGAAAGUACAUAUUCAUCAUGUGCUGUCUUCUGUUCCCUAGUUUGAGGCUUGUGCAAUUACCAUAUUAACAAUCAUUUUCCAUCAUAGUUCACUUGAUACUCAUAAGUACAUA